CCCGUCACCCGAAAAGACGGGAAUAAUUCCUAAAACGAGAAAGACUUUCAUGAAACGAAGCAAACUACGGCCAUUUAGCUAGAUUACAUACUCACAGACUCUUGAGUUGAGUACAGUUGAAUACAUGCUCGACGGUAAGAGAGCUCCAAGAGUCCAACAUGCACGUGCACACGUGACAACCUCUCUUUUGCCACCCAAAAUUAAUCUGCGUCAUGACACACAGCUCAGUAGCUCACGAGUCAGUGAAGUGAAAAGUUACAGCCUUCUCCCAUUACCCAAAAUCCCAACCGGCAACCAUGGCCACACUGACUUACCCCGCCGCCGCCGCCACAGUCAGAGCCACCAAAUCAACAACCCCACCAGGUCUCAGGAAAAGCUUCUCCGUCAUCCCAAUCAAACCCAAUUCCAUAUCUCCACUCAAAACCCUAAACCGCACCUCCAAACCCACCACCUUCUCAAUCAAAUCCACCGCCUCCUCCGACCACUCCUCCACCGCCACAACCACAAUCACCACCACCACCUCCAUCUCCCCCUCCCCACUAACCCUCAAGUCCCGCCUCCAAAAUGGCGAUACCCUAUACGGCCUCUUCCUCCUCUCCUUCUCCCCUACCCUCGCCGAGAUUGCUGGCCUCUCCGGCUACGACUUCGUCGUCGUCGACAUGGAGCACGGCCACGGUGGCAUACCCGAAGCCCUCUCCUGCCUCCACGCCUUGGCCGCCACCCAAACCCCCGCCAUUCUUCGCUUGCCCGAGACCUCCGCAACUUGGGCCAAGAAAGCCCUAGAUCUGGGCCCACAAGGCAUCAUGUUCCCCAUGAUCGAAUCCUCCAAGGCCGCCAAGGAGGCCGUCUCCUACUGCCGCUUCCCUCCCGCCGGCGUCCGCGGAUCCGCCCAUACCGUCGUUCGCGCCUCCAGCUACGGCAUCGACGAGGGGUAUUUGAGUAAUUACGAGAACCAGCUGCUGAUCAUGUGCCAGGUGGAGAGCAAGGAGGGCGUGAAGCACGCGGAGGACAUCGCGACCGUUGAUGGGGUCGACUGUAUUCAGAUGGGACCGUUGGAUCUGAGCGCCAGCUUGGGAUACCUGUGGGACCCAGCGAACAAGAAGGUGAGGAAGAUGAUGGAGGUGGCCGAGAAGGCAGUGCUGGGGUCCGACCCGAAAGAGGGCGGGGCCUACUUGGCCGGGUUCGCUAUGCCCCACGAUGGGCCCCGCGAUUUGGGGACACGUGGAUACCACAUGGUGUCCGGAGCCGUUGAUGUUGGGCUGUUUAGGGGCGCGGCGGUGGAGGACGUGAAGAGGUUCAAGAUGAGCUUGAUGGACGGUUUAGAUGAUGAGCAGGAGGAUGAGAAGGAUGCUGAUGAGAAGUACUGGAGUGAAUGAAAAGGGAGGUUGUUGAAAACAUAUUUUUUUGUAAAUUUUUCGUUUUCUUUUUCUUUUGUAGUUGUAUUGGGCCCACGGAUGUUUUCAUAAUAAAGGUCAUAUUAUUAUUGCCGGCCAAA